AUGUCGGCCACUUCGUCCAAGGAUGAUGGCACCACUCGUGUCGUGGCUUUUGAUGCUACACCUGAGGCAAAGCGCGCUACCGAGGCCGAGCAUCAGAUGAGCUUCUGGCAGAGUCUGCGAACUUAUCCGCAUGCUGUCGGCUGGUCUAUCCUGUUCUCGACAGCACUGGUGAUGGAAGGAUACGACAAUGCCUUAGUCGCCAGUUUGUUUGCAUAUGAACCCUUCCAGCGUGCAUUUGGAGAUAAAUUGGCCGACGGAACUUAUCAGGUAACCGCUGCUUGGCAGUCUGGUCUCACCAACGGUGCCCUUGUUGGUGAGGUACUUGGUUUAUUUGCGACUGGUAUCAUUGUUGAAAAGUUCGGAUACCGCAAGAGUCUAAUCGGGGCCCUGGUGGCCUGUGUGGCUUUUAUUUUCAUCAUCUUCUUUGCGCAGUCUCUGCCUGUUCUCUUGGUCGGCGAGAUUCUCAUCGGUAUUCCUUGGGGUCUCUUCCAGACGGUCACCACCACCUACGCGUCUGAAGUCUGCCCCGUGGUGCUGCGACCAUAUCUGACGACAUAUGUGAAUUUGUGUUGGGUGAUGGGACAACUAAUUGCUUCAGGCGUCCUCAAAGCUAUGCAAGGUCGCGCCGAUCAGUGGGGCUACAAAAUCCCAUUCGCCUUACAAUGGAUGUGGCCUAUCCCCAUCGCGAUUGGCGUUGCUCUUGCUCCCGAGUCGCCGUGGUGGUUGAUCCGCAAAGACCGUCCCGAAGAUGCACGCCAUGCCUUACAUCGCUUGACAGUUCCCGGCAGAGACCCCAAUUUCAACGCCGACGAGACCAUCGCCAUGAUUCGCAGCACAAACGAGCUUGAAAAGCGCAUGACUAGCGGCACAUCAUACCGCGACUGCUUCCGCGGUGUCGAAAGACGCCGUACAGAGAUUGUCUGCUUGACUUGGGCGGCUCAGUCCCUGUCAGGAAGUGCGCUCAUGGGUUACUCCACAUACUUCUAUGAGCAAGCUGGUAUGGCAACUAGCAAUGCCUUUACGAUGUCCAUGGUCCUGUAUAUCCUGGGAGCCAUUGGCACUCUCAGCUCGUGGCCUAUGAUGACCAAGUUUGGUCGUCGAACACUAUUUGUCAGUGGCCUGGGCUGCCAGAUGAUUCUGCUACUUAUUAUCGGCUUCCUAGGCAUAAUUUCACGGAAGAGUGUCCCCGCUCAAUGGGCAAUUGGGUCACUUCUCCUGGUUUACACAUUCACUUAUGAUGCCACCGUUGGACCUAUUUGCUAUUCCUUGGUCUCGGAGAUGAGCUCAACACGUCUUCGCACUAAGACCAUUGUUCUUGCACGCAAUCUAUACAACAUCUGCGGUCUCAUCACCAACAUCAUCACACCACGCAUGCUCAACCCAUCCGCGUGGGAUUGGGGCGCCAAGGCAGGCUUCUUCUGGGCUGGAAUGUGUCUUUUGUGCUUCAUGUGGGCUUUCUUCCGCCUACCAGAGCCCAAGGGCCGUACCUAUGCUGAACUUGACCUGCUGUUUGAACAGCGAGUUCCAGCGCGCAAGUUCAGCUCGACUCAGGUGGACCCCUUUGCGAACGAGCAGGAGAGUUCAUUCGCGGCAAAGAUAGAGAAGCCAUUCACUGAAACUGUGGAGCAGAUCUAG